CUAUUAUUGCGCCACCUAGCGGGUGUUAAUGCAAGUUUUUGAAGUUUGUUUUGUAAACAUUCGUAAAACCGUAAUAUGUUAAAGUUGUUGUAAAAGCAAAAGGGCGCUGCGCAACUUCACAAACGGAUAAUUGAGAACCACUUUCUGUGCCCAGGUUAUUCCAGGUACUGGUACUGGUAUGUCCGUUUAAGCAAUAUUUUAUUAUGGAAGAUAUUUUAGCUAAAUUAAGAUGCUCAGACAAUCAAGAAGAACUUGUAUUAUUGUUACAAAGUGCCAGAAAAAUGAUCCAAGAUUCGGAUGGCAACGCAAAUUUACUGUGUUUACAAGAAGAUGGAAUAUAUAAUGAAUAUGAUCAAAAAGAUUUCACCACUUACAUUGCCAACUCUUUUGUCACAAUAUUAUUGUAUUAUCAUAAUGAGGUGAUAAUAUUCCAACCAGCAUCUGAUGUCUUGAUCACUCUGCUAAAGUGUUUUCCUUCUUUGAAGCCAAUACUCGGACAGUCUGGUGUUUAUCAUAAUCUUGUUCGUAUAAUGGAGCAGCACUAUAUUGGUUUGAGCAGCAAAGAUAAAAAGUCUGCCAGCAAUGACACAAUUCAGUCUAUAAGAAUUGAAUUCUGCUGUUUACAACUUUUGUUGGAAAUGACUCGCGAUUGCUCUGCUAAUAUUGUUAAAUGUGCAGAGGUGGAUAUCAUGUACAUUAUAGCAAAUAACUUACAAGUAAAAUCUACAUCUUUUCAACUGCAUGCUGUAGCUUUAGAACUAUUGAGUUGCUUGAUCGGAAAAGGUAGGAAAUCCGAUCACUAUAAUUAUCUGCGCUGUGUUUGGAGACAGCAAUGUCUCGUACAGGAAUUACCUCUUUCUGCAGGAAAAUCUUCAAGCCAUAAACUUGAGUCUUCCUUGUUAAUUACCAUUUUGAAACUGAUGAACAGCCUUUUGAUUGAUUCGGACACGGUUCAAGUUUUUGGAUUGAAGUGUCUAUAUGUUCUUAUGGAAAUCAAUGGAGCAUAUGAGUUGUUGUGGACAGAAGGAGCAUUUGAUACAACAUUGCAUGCUAUUUUUCAUUAUUUCACUUGCAAAGAAAUACAGCUAUGGGGAUCUAUGGUAUUAAAGAUGUUACUUUUCAAAUCCAUAUGCUUUGAGGAAUCCGAGUCACUGCCAACUAUCUUGCUUUCAAAAUAUGAAAUGCUGAUUCAUGUGCUAUCUUGUUCGUUGGCAAGUUACUCGCACUGUGCUGAUAUUUUAAUUUCGGUGUGUGAGAUUAUUAAGGCUGUCAUUUUCAUAUCAGGCGAUCUAACUUUGAAUAUGAUCAAUGCUGGAAUUCCAAAAGAUCUCAUACAAAUAUUUGCAGAUGUUGAUAAAAACAAUAAAAUAUCAUUCUAUGAUGAUGAGGAAGAUAUAAAAAAUCAUGUUUUGUCAACAAUUCGAUUAUUCACUUCAAACCCAAAACACUGUGAAUCUAUUGCCUCUUCUCAUCUUUCAUCUUCACAUAAUCCAGUUGUAAUAUCAUGUCUACAAUUUCUUGGUGGUGACAUCCUUGCUAAAAGAACUGAAGGAGAAACAUCCUUGCUUAUGAAAGCAUGUUCAACAUCUCAAAUUUGUUUGGUGGAUUGCAUGUUACACCUAGAGCACUUAUUAUUUUUGCAUGGGAUUAAAAAAAUCAAUCUGGAUGAUAUAAAAGCAUGCUUAAGAUAUAUUUUCACAAUGGAUACAAGAGAUUCUAUCGUUAUUGGUCUUUUGCUCCGAUUUUUAUUUCAUCAUGGAGAGCAGAAUAUUGUUGACUGGAAACGUUUGAAUAUGAAAGAAUUGAGUCAACGUUCAUUGAAGAUAGCAUAUACUCCAAUGAGUGAGGAAACACAUCGAAUACACUGUGAAUAUUCGUCCAAUCCAGUAAAAUCAGGAUUCAAGUUAUCACUUCAUAUAUUGAAUGCUGUAUGGACGCCGGAAAACUGUACAACUGAAUUGGUUGAAAUACUUGAAAACAAAUACUUUGAUGCCGUUGAUGUUCUUAGUGAAAGUGCUGCCAAUAAAUUAACAACUAAUAAUUGGAUGGAACCCAUGUUUGAAUGUUGUUGCUCUUGUAUACAGAAUAAAAAAUCAAUUGAUGGUGAAGAUAAGAAAGUAAAUUUCUGUGAUCAUUUGCAUAUAUCGUUUGAUGAUGAGAAGCCGUUUACUUUUGAAUCUAACUUUGAUGUAAUCGAUGCAAUUGAAGACAAUAAUGAACAUUCAUUAUGUGAAAUGUGUCAUGGAAUAUUAAACAGUGUCAACAUUUCUGGAAAAACAUGCCUUUCUACUGAUUUGUUUGAUGAUCACAGAGAUAGCAGAAAUGUAACCAGAAUGGACAUCUCAUAUAAUGACUUGAAAUCUCUCACGUUUCUUUCACAAAUGGAUCAAUGUAGAUUGACAUUGUCAAAUUUAGAAAGCUUUAUCUGCGGACAUAAUGUUCUGACUCACAUUCCAUGUUCUAUGACAGAGCUAAUGAAAAAUGUCAGAGAGAUGAAAUUGGAUCACUGUUGCUUGUCACAAUUCCCCAUUUCAAUACUUAUUCAUUGCCAUCAACUCGUUUUGUUGGACGUUAGUUGCAAUGCUAUAGAUGAUUGCUGGGAGAAUUUCAAUUUUCAUUCAACGAUUGCUCAUCAGAAUUUAUCAACAUUGAAGAUGUCAGGCAAUAAAAUCUGCCAAUUUCCAUACAAAUUGUGCUCAGCGCUGAAAAUACUAAAAAUAUUGGACUUAUCCCACAAUGAAAUAAAGGUUUUGCCUGAACUUGAUUCUGGCAAGGACAUAUUCAUUUCUGAUACUUUAAAUUUAAGUAACAAUUCAAUUGAAAGCAUCAGUCUUUCAUUUAUGAUGAAACUUGCAGCGACAAAACAUUUAAAUUUAUCAAAGAAUAAUAUAACGACGAUUACUGAAGAUUUGAGUGAAAAAAGGAAUGCCAUUAUGUCAUUCAGUAUAAUUAAUCUCAGUCAUAAUAAAUUAAAUUGUUUUCCGUCAUGUUUGAUCGGUUUCAAAUCGUUAAAGACCAUCAACUUGUCUUAUAAUGUAAUAUCAUCAUUUCCUGAUUUAUCAACUGUCACUGCAAUGCUGGUUGAUCUGGAUUUAUCGAAUAAUAAAAUUUUCAAUAUUGAGGACUUCUUGAAAUCUGUUACUAGAUAUUGGUCGAAUUGUCUUCGAGCAUUCAAAAUUGGAAACAACCAUCUUGUUUCUGUGCCAGCUGAUAUAGGAAUGCUUAAAAACUUGGAGGUUCUUGAUUUGCAAAACAAUUUAUUGACGCAUGUUCCUAACGAUAUCGGCAAACUUUCAAAGCUUUACCAUUUAUCUCUUCUUGGGAAUAAACUGGAUAUUGAUAACAAUAUAUUGACAGGUCGCACACAGAAUUUAUUGCAAUAUUUUUUCUCUCGUCUCAAGAAAUCUGAUGAGAGGUUAAAACAGGCCAUAAUUCUUAUUGGAUAUCCUUCAGAAUGGAGGACAGCUUUUUUGCAAUAUUUAACUGACAUAUAUGGAUUAAAAGCAGUAAAAUCAAGUUUUACUGAAGGCGAAAUACAAAUAUUUAAUUGGUCUCUCUCUACUGAUACAAGAUGUUUCAAUAUAUCAUUAUGUGAUGUCAAUAUAAAGGAUGAUUCAAUUUACAAGUCUUAUCCUCAAUUGACUUUUUGUGAUUGUGCUCUUUAUAUUGUUUUUUGUACAAAGGAUUCUGAUGAAGAAACUUUGAAAACAUUAAAAGCUGCUCAAUCUUUUGCUCCAUACUGUCCUGUUCUUUGUGCCGAUUUAAGAGGCAAUGGAUCUGAAUUGAAUUCAAUGUUAUCUGGAAAAAGUCCUGGUUGUCCUGAUUAUAUUCGUCAUCUGAAAUUUGAUUCCAAUUUACCAGAUUCUGCAGAUGUUGAGAAAAUUGUCACCUGUAUUUCAUCACUACUUGAAGACUACAAAGUAAAAGGAGUUCCAAUGUUUGUUAAUCCUGUUCCAAAAAAUUACAUUGACUUGGAAGCAAUGAUAUUGGAGCUAAGACAUAAACUAUACAAUUUUCCAGUAGUAAGUUAUAGCAGUUUGAUUGAUGCAAUCCAAAAUCAUCAACAACUUCGGUUAAAUCUUGAAGAUGGUGAGGAGUUGCUGUCUGCAAUUCAUUUUCUGACCAAAGUUGGCGUGAUAUGGCAUCAAAAUGAUCCCAGAGAUGGAUUACGAAAUUAUUUUAUUCUGAAUCCAUUGUGGCUGCUUGAUCUUUUUCAGAAGGUGUUCAACUCUGUCGAACAAAUGCUAGAAAACAAUGUUAGUACUUUUCCCAAAUACAUUGUUCAUACCAGCAUCAUAAAAGAAGUUAUUGGAGAUAUUUUCACAAAGGAAUCAUCAAAUGCUACAAAUGUAUCAAGCUCGUCUGAGAGGAGAUUUAUUUCUGCAUUACUGCGUCUCAUGCAAAAUCGCGGAUUGAUAUUUCUGAUAAACAAUGAUCAGUAUUUUGUGCCAUAUUUUCAAGAUGAAUCUCCCAAUCAUGGAUUUAUGGAAGAAAAUAUUCACAGAAAUAAUUCUUACAGAUUUCUGCAGCUGGAUUAUGUGCCUGUUAAUUUCUGGCAUCAUAUCAAUGCUGGUCUUUUGACGAUUUACAGCGACUCAUUGUCAAGUAAAGCAAGUUCAGUUAUAUAUUGCUGGAAGAAUGGUAUUUCACUCAGAGUGAAUGAAUGUUUGGUGUUUUUGCUCAGGGAACCUGAUCCAGCUGAAAUGACAAGUUUCAAAACUGUUGCAUCGGAUUCAAGGCCAAUCAUCGAGAUAGUUGUAAGCAACAAUGAAAAGUACAAGGUUAUACCACUGGUUAUUGAUCAUAUUCAAAACACUAUUGAAGAAUGGUUUCCUGAUUUGAUGGAUUUUGAUAUUCAAGGGAAACAACGCUUUGUUCAGUAUAUACCUUGUGCAUUAUGCAUUGCUGAUAGAAACAAGAAUACGGAGGAAGAAGAAUCUUAUGUGCAUUUCUAUGAGUUUUCAGAACUUUCUAGAGUAUCUGAACCCGGUUUUGAAGACAAUGUUAAAAUAUGCCCUGCUCAUUCACAACAGCCAUUAGAUGAAUUGGUUCCGGGUAUUUUUUUGAAAGAUUUCAACCAGAAAUAUGCAUUAGAUCCAUCUGAUAUUGCUUUUCAACAAGAACCAGAAGAUUUGUUAGGUGAGGGUGGAUUCGGCACAGUGUUUAAAGGAAAAUGUAAGCAGACUGAUGUUGCCAUUAAACUACUUCGUUCGGUUUCAAGUAACCCUGCAUAUAUGAACUUGAGAACUGAACUCAACGUGCUUGCUCGACUUCAUCAUCCGAGCAUUAUAAAAUUGAUUGGAUAUAUAUUGUCAUCAAACAAAUCUCAUCCGACACCAUUACUAAUAAUGGAACUGGCAACCGGCAAUUGUCUCACCAAAUAUAUACAGCAUUUUAAAAAUGUAUCAGUCAAUGAAGCAUUGAUUAUUUUUCCAAGGUUUAUGAGGCUUAGGGUCUUGUUGCAAAUUCUCGAAGGAAUUGAAUACAUGCAUCGACACAACAUUGUGUAUAGAGAUUUGAAACCUGACAAUGUACUUAUUAUGACGAUGGAUGAAAAUAAUCCAAUGAAUGUGAAAUUAGUUGAUUUUGGAAUUGCACUCUCUAUUACUCCAGCAGGUACGAUAGGUGGAUGUGGUAGUCCUGGAUAUUCAGCUCCAGAAGUAGUUGCAUUGAAGAUGACAAGAAAUGGUAUUUGGAGAAUAAUUCCUUAUACUAAUAAAUGUGAUAUCUUCUCAUUUGGAUUAGUUGCAUAUGAAGUAUGUGUAUGUAGAACACCCUGGUUUCUUCAAGCAUGUACAAUACAAGGGAUGUCUUUGCCUUCGAAUGUACCAGAUGAAGCAAUUUUAAAGGGUGUUAUUCCUUCCUCAUUGACAACAUUCGAUGUAAAUCUUCGGUGGCCUCACAUGCAGUCAAUAAUAUCGAGAUGUUUAAAAAGAAAUCCAGAAGAUCGACCAACAGCUCAACAAUUGCUCGAUUCUAUACGGCAUCCGGAGAUUUGUUGUUACAGAAAUCGCAUCAACAUCGGAAAUGCAAAUGUUGCAGCUGUAUCUCAAUAUCAAGUCACAUCAUCAGAUCAACAGUCAAUAGAUGAAGCAGUGUGUCAUAUCAAGAUUUUGUCUUCACAAUCUUCUGGAAAUUUGGUGCAUCUUGAAGAUGAUAGAUCAAAGAACAGUGUGAAAGUGACAUCAGUUGUGGCAGGUUCUGUGAAUUUAAUGGAGCAAACUACAUAUCAAAUUGAUGGAAGAAAUAUAACAUCUCUUCUACUAAUUCCUGAUGGACAAGGCAUGAUUAACAAGAAUCCCAAUUCGGGAGAUACUCGAACACUGAAGUUUUUAGCCGGAACAGCAGAUGGAAAAUUGAUGCUUAUUACAGAGCAAAAUUCCAUUUUUGUUUUGUCAAAUCUUUGGAACAGAAUUGAAUGCCUUCAUUUACUUAAUUAUGCUGAUGAUUCUUUUGUUGCUCUUGGCCUCAGUAAUGGCUGCAUCAAUUUGUUCACUCUAGAGCAGAUAAUCAACCAACAAUGCAGAAGACCACACUCCAUAUUGGAUUUAUCUUUAUAUUGUAAUUCAAGAAUUGUACAGUGCUUAACAUCUGGUGAUGAUGGGUUGCUAUAUGCAUGUUGCGUACGCCAUAUUGUAUGUAUAAAGAUAAAGAAAAAAGGUUCUCUCGUUAUUAAGAAAAUGAAAUUAAUUCCAAAAUCACACUCUGGAAAAUCUGGCAUAAAGCAUAUUUCUAUAUGCAAUGGAAUUCUUUAUGCAUCAAGUUCAAAUGUAUUUAUCUCAUAUUUUGAUUUGGAACGAAGAUUCUGUGUUUCCUGUGUGCAAUAUGGACUUGGAAAAUAUACUGCAAAAUAAUAAUGAUUUCUUCGGGAUAUCUUUUGCAAUCACUUCAAUUCUCGCAGACAAGGCCAGAGCUGUUUUGUAUGUUGGCCUGACAACAGGGCAUAUUUUGCUAUUUGAUUGUGUAUCUCUGGGACAUAACUUGCCAAAUUCUCCGUAUUUGAUCUCUGUGAUUCAUCAACACACAGGACCAGUGUGGAAAUUGUCUUAUUUGCCAGGUCCACAGAAAGAAAAAGAUCUCAUUCUUUCAUUUGGACAUGGAUUUCAGUGGUCUUCACAAAAGAGUCAUCCAUUCGAAACGACAUUCGACGCUGGUUCCAAUAGUUCAUUUGUAACAUUUUGUGAUGCCAAUAUACCAAUCAUAGCGGAAGAUAUGAAAAAAGUUAAAGAGAAAAGAAGGAUUAUGCUGAAUGACAUGGAAGAUUGAGAUUAGUUUCUUCAUAACACAGAGCUCGAAUUUUGGGCUGUAAUUUAUGUUUAAUGAAAUUUAUGAACUACUGGUAGUCAGUUUCUUCGAUUUCCUUUGUAUUGAUACUUUUAUACCUCUCUACAUCUUUAUUACAUUAAGCUUUCACUUUGUGUUUAAAUGAUGUUCAUGCUAUUAUUAACCCAUUCUGAUCAAUGAAUUUCUAUGUUUUUUUCAUGUAGAUGUUCAGAGACUUGAUUUUGAAUAGGUUUGUUUGUCAUCAAUCAAAUUUGAAACACAAAAUAGGACUUUUAUUCCAUCUCCUGGGUAAGAUAGACUGACUGCUGCCUUCAUGUUAUUUGUACUUUACUAGAAUUAUUUUAUAGAUUUUUUUUAAAUGUGACUUUUCACAUAUCGUCCAAUUAUUAUUUGUUAUGCAAAACUUGAUAAUUUAAUUAUGCACCAUUGGGCUCAGGUUAUUAAUUUUGACUUUGUACAUAGUUUAUAUAUUUUUUGAUUUUCAAUUAGCUUCUAUGCAGUGUAUGCAUUUUAAGAAUCAAAGUUUUUUUUUGAUUUUAUAAAUUUUUCUCUGAAUAUCCCUAUCUCUCCAGUCCAGUUUAUAUACAGUAAGCAUAUUAUUACUUAUCGAUUUUAAUCGGUAAGUAUGUUGAUAGGUAUUUGUCUGUCCGUUUGUCUGUCAGAUGCACGCGAUAUAUCACGAAAGCAAGAUUGAAUCUGCUCCAGAUUUUGCA